GGUCGAGAGUAGAGUGUUAUGGAAGCUUCUAGUAGGAUAGGAUAAUGCAUCGUUGUUGGCGAGUGAACCGGUAACCUUCCAGUAACGGGACGGUCCUUACAACCAAAAGAUAAGUUACUGUAGCCUAUCUGAGAAACGUGUGUUCAUAUGAAUGAGACCACCAAGAAGUCGUUUUAAUGCAAAGACAUCCGCAAGUGGGAACUACAUGAAAAAAAAUAAUCACUAUAUAAAUAUUACCGUAGUGUUCCUGCAAUUUCUUUCAACAAGAACUUUGACUUUUUCUGUGGUAUCCUUCUCCAUGACCGACAUCAAACGACAUUGUUUUCCUUUCUAAUCUAACAUAUUUUCUUUUAUAGGAAGUUGUGUUGUGUUUUCCCAGUCAUAUUUGUUUAGUAAACUACGUCGCUCACAUAUGCUAUUAAGACUAUUAUAAUAAUGCAAAAAAAAUAAAUAAAAGAAUAUAUGUAAUCAAUCAGUAGGCUACAUCGAUGCAAAAUGAAGAUAAAAUAUGAGAUUGUGUAAACCAGGAAACAGCAUGGACAGCUUCAGUAUCCUUCAAGUCCGGAUUUAAACUGUACGUUCAGCCUCACUAAUGGCAUUUUUGGCUACACAUUUUAAACCAUCCUUCACUUUUAAAUACAUUUUAGAUACACCUUAUUAGCUGAAUCAGUUUGCAGAGGGGAAAAAAAAGACUUAAUGAUCGUCUGGAAGUGAUACAGUAAAACGAUGGGUAAUCAAUAACGGUAAAUAUCUUACAAAUUGUUGUUAUUACAUGCAAUUAGGCCUACGUAUUUUAAUGUAAGUUUAGACUAACUAUACAUCAUUCUAAAUGUUAUCUAAUAAAAUCACUGCUAAAUAAUUACUUUAUUAACCUGCAAAAAGAAUAUGUAGGCUCGAUGCACUGUUUGAAUGUCUUAUCCAUUCUUGUCAUACCUUCACAAGGUAAUUUAGUCUAUUAAUGCAUUUAAUAGUAGAUCCGAAGCCAGUCAGCAGUAGUUAAAAGGCUUUGCUUGAUUCUGUCUCGUCUUUCUUUUCUUUUCCAAUCCGCUGAGACGUUCACGGUCAAGAAAUGAAUGACCAGAUUAUCAUCAACUGAAAAAUAGAAAGGGUUGGGGGGGCAACUUUUUAAAAAUGUAAGAAACGCGAGAAGUGUAUCUUGUCUUAUUCUCUCUACUGUCAACAUUUAAAAUGCUCUAUUUCAUGUUUUUUAUAUUAUGACUGACUUAUUGUGAGAAAUAGGAUUUGUGCAUGGAUAAGAUUUGUUUUGUUUUAAAUGAAAAAACAGCAUGCUGCCGGUGUGUUUAACUCAGUGUGCCAGUGUGAAUUUAAAUUGCGUCAAUUAAGAGUUUUUUUUUAAUGAAUAAAACAUAAAAUACUCGACAUCUCCUUAUUAGUUAUUAUUGUUCAUAUUAAUAUAAUAGGGUAAUCCUAAAACUAUUUUCCCACAUUGGUGUACAGGCACGGAAUAUGAUGCACCGUUGCCAUCCAAAAUAUCCUAAAAUUGGCCUAGAUUAAAAAUAAAAAAAAGUCAGUGAAAUUUUGAUGUAAUUAAAAAAAAACAGUAGGCUAUUGUUGUAGUUGAAAAUACGGGACAGGCAUGUCGCAUUGCAAUGCCUAAAGUGCAAUAAGUUGGUCUAUUGGAUAUUUGUGUUGGUUUGUGUUACAGAUCCUAAUUGCCAUUAAAAAAAAAUCCAUCAAAUAAAAAGUAGGAGGAAACAGCAUCUGGGAAGUGAUGAGGAUGGGAAGGGAAAACAAGUAUAAUGGAAUUGUGGUGGUAUGCUCCCACCUACUGGUCAAUUCUAAUAGUCUGUCCAAGUUAUCACAUGAUAAAAUGGACUAUAAAUAACACAGAACUUUUCUUUUUUCCCUUUCAAUUUAGAUUGAAUGUUUUUAUUUUCUCUAACACUAUCUGCACACUUGAAACUCAUUAUCACAAAAUACGUGAAAACUGAAAAAUGCAACAUCAUUUGUCUGAGGUACAUGUAUUUUACUCUGAUCACAUAGUGCCAUCUGCUGUACAUUAGACACACACGUCCUGUUAAAAUGCAAAGGGUCGACAAAAUAGCAGGUGCAAACCCCUUUUUGUUAAUACUAUUAAAGACUUGAUUCAGCUUUUUGAUAAUUUUUUUUGAUGAGCAGUUUGUUGUGUAAGUUGUUCCUGAUAUUUUGACCGAUUCCUUCCUAAAUGUCAACACUUAAAGAGAGAAUAACUAAAGCACAUGUUGGGGGAAUGGUAGCUUCGGAGUGCUUUUUGGAUUCAUUGUUACAUUGUUAAGGUAUGCAUUUGAUGUUUAAAGUAUUUAAAAUGUAAAAUCUUUGAAUUUAACUAAUAUAUAUCAUUUUUAACACCCGUUCAUAUAUCUAUGCCUUUACAAAAGUUGCAAAUGAGAAUUUCUGAUACUAUUUAAAGACCAAAACUGCAAUUAAAAGUAAAAAAGAGAACCUCUUUGGCUUCAAAACGUAGAACAAUGGGUCCUUUGAGGACAAAAACCCGCUCACCUACCUGUGAAGGAUUGUAUAACCAGCACUAAAGUCUAUUUACAAGAUAAACUGGAUUUUGGGGUAUAGUUACACCGCAUAUCUAGAAUUAGCUGGAUUUCCUAUCCGAGACAGUGGCACACACAAACUCCAUUCACUAUUAAGAACAGAAUAAUCUUCAGUCUUCUGUUCUAAGAUGCAGUGAACCUAAAGAAUGAAGGCUGCUUCCAAUGGCAAUGAUACAAGAGGAUCUGUAGAUAACUCAACCCAUAUGUCAAUACUCGCUUAACUAAAAGUCCUUUCAAGCACAGCAUCAGCAAUAAUAAUAAUUUAAGACGUUAUUGAUCUCAACAGGGAAAUUAUUGUUAUUAUUCUGUUUUGCAGUGUGCACAUGGACAUCAUCAGCUCCAGAGCAUUUCCCCUGCAGCAGUUUCACUGUAGCCAGGCUAGGGGCACUCUGGUCUGUGCCACCAUCCAAGCCAGACAGACGGCAGGACGGGCAGACAGCUGCCUCUCAGACCACCGCACAUAAUGGAGGGUCUGAACAUCCAGCCCUUGGAAGAAGACAGCAUUGUUAUGGAGGAGGAAAGUGAAAACAAUAGGGAGCAGGAAGAGGGAGAAAUGGAGGCCUCAUCUCCCAUGGGUUCCACCACAGACGAGGAAACAGAGGAGGACUCCGAACCAGAGCCCCCACAGGUCAUUCGGAGGAAGGUGUCAUUCGCCGAUGCAUUUGGCCUCAACCUUGUGUCGGUUAAGGAGUUUGACGAUGCUGAAGUAACAGAGGUAGAAGCCAGCCAGUCCCCUGAGAAUGAGGCAACACACCCCUUGGAGGAGUACUACAUGUCCUGUCUGUUUAUAGUCCCCUCAUCCCCAGAGGAGCUGGAACAGAGGCUACAAGCACAGAUGGUUGAGCUCGAAAGCAUCGAGCUCCUCCCGGGAACCACCACACUCCGUGGCACCAUCAGGGUGGUCAACCUCUGCUUCAGUAAGUCUGUCUACGUCCGGAUGAGCCUGGAUCGCUGGACGAGCUACUUUGACCUGUUGGCGGAGUAUGUGCCUGGAUCCAGUGAUAGGAAAACAGACAGGUUUACCUUUAAGUAUACUCUGGUACCACCCUCUGAGAGAGAGGAGCUCAGAGUAGAGGUUUGUCUACGUUAUGAAACUUCAGUCGGCACCUUUUGGGCUAAUAACAAGGAAAUGAACUACGUGCUGUUCUGCUACCAGAAAGGACAUGUAAAGGAGCAUGGGCCUCUAGUGCAAGAGGAGAGUAGCAGCUACAGGAGCAAGAGGAGCUGUCUCAAAGCCAAGCGGAGGGCAAGAGUAGAGGAAAAGACCAUGGAGACCAGGGACACAUCACCAGCUGCUGCAGAAGCUGAGGCCACACAUGAAGCAGAGGAGGCUAACAGAAAGGACAGCACCGCUAUACAAUCACUACUCUACCACGAAGAACACAAACCCUUGGUGGAUAGCAUAAAAAGCAGACACAGAGCAGAACGUUUGGCACGUGUGAAGGACUUCCUCUCCGAAAGGAGGCAGCAAGUACCAAAGGCUUAUUCACAUGACUCAGCCAAUGGCCAGAAAGUUUCUCAGCCUUUGCCAACUCCGUGGGGUGACUCUUCCAGCUUUUCCCAUAAAUGCCAAAAGAAACAAGCCAACGAGAGUCCACAGGUGCUCACCUACCACCAGAUUCCUCUGCUUACACUGGACUGGAACAAUGACAGAGCCCAUCAGUUGUGGGCUGCUGAUAUGCAUGACGUCUGGCCUGGAACAGCUAAAAAGACCUUGUCAAAAGCGUCAGAGGAACAUAUAGAAGAUUCACCUUCUGUCAAUGAUAUGUGGGAGACCUUUCGUAACGGUACAGAUGAUACCACCGAUAAAGAAACCUCGGUGUGCGAUGUAUGGCAGGCAUUUCUUAAUGGGCCGAGCUGUACGGACCAUUCUGGUGUUCCAGAGUCAGAGUGGCUGCAGACAGCAGCAUCUGUGUCUCCCUCAAAUGAUAAAGAGCCCAAUGCCCAAUAUGCAGCAAGCAGUGAAGAGUAUGAAAUUCAGGUGGGCACGGAUACACCCACCACCUUACAUGCACACACCUCAGCUGUAUGUCAGCCACUGUCAGCCACUAGCAAAAUAUCAUUGGCUAAUGUUACCUUGAACGUCGAAAACCACCAGCCAGCAGAGGCGUGUGUCAGCAGCCCAAGAAAUGACACAGCGACACAAGAUGCAUCCCAAAGGUCACAGACAAACUCUGUAACAGACACUCCGCAGGAAUUUUGCCUCAAGAGGGCAACAGCUGUGUCCGAGGGCUCUGUUGACAGUUCAACUGAGUGUCACAAGCAUGCGAUCUGGGAGCAGGAAAGUGAAGGAAUAAUAGGAAGAGCAGAAGGAAUAGGAAGCGAUGAGCCCUUCACAUCACACACAGCUGACUUAGUAACAAGCUCAGGGGAGUCACAGACAACAGACAUGACAGCAAUGCCAGAGUCUCAGAAUGCCACCGCUGUUGAUAGCAUCUCACAGGGAGCAAGGCCGGAUCAGGGUCUUUCUUCCAGCAGGAAAGGGGAGGUUACAGGUACCGCACACAAUGUGACGGAUGACACGCUGGCAUUUGGGGGGACAAUCAGAAAGGGGACAAAGGAUGUGGAGAGGUUUGUCUUUUCCACAUCCAGACAAGGGGUGGAGGAAGGGAUCAUGAAUGAAUGUACAGAAAACAAAGUAUCUACAGAUGAGGAGAUAUUUAGGCCACACAAAACAGAAGAGUGUGAAAUCUCCCAGUGGUGUGCAGAUGAAAAGAAACAUGAGGAAUCCAGGCUGAAGCAAAACCGUGAAAAUCCAUUACAGGAGGAUGAGAGCAAUGAAAAUGAAAUAAGACUUGCACAGACAAAUGCAAAUGAAUCCAAUCCAAGCCAAAUGUCUGAGGAAAAUGUCAAGCAAAGCCAAAUAAUUCCAAGUGAAUUCAAAUUGGAUGAAUCAGAGAGCGAAUUUGUUGCAUCAAAUAACAAAAACUUGGAAGUAUUCAAAAAGACAGAGGUGGAACCUUCCUAUUGUACGACAAGCGACAAUGAAACAAAGAGACCAACUGGUGCAGAAGUGGGAACUGUUCAGGUAUUAAACGAGGAACAUAAUGACAAAGCUUUACAACGCAAUUCAUCAUGGCAGAGGAGAAACACAGCAAUAAUUUCCAAAGUACUUAAUAAACAGUCAAGGCCAAUCAAAGCAGGAGAAGAGGUGCGCAUUCAGAAAGAGGAGGAUGACUCAACACUGACACAAAUACAGGAAAAUGUACUGAACUCUGAAAUAGGUCAACAUGCAUUAGUCUCAAAUAUGACUGAGGAAGGAAAAAGCUUGAGUUGUGAUAGAAUAAUUGAGGAGCAACAGGAAAUAAACCCAGCAGCACAGAUAAGACACAACGUGGAAUCAAGGGAAAUGAAAAAGGUCUUCCAAGUUGGCCAAUAUACAUGCAGGCCUUUUCCAACAGAUAAAUGCAACAACAAAAACCCCAUGGAGGUGGUAGAAAUGAGAUGGCCCCAUUCACGGGAUGAUAUGAAGGGUCAGAAAGAGGACGUAGGCCCUAAAAUAAGCCCAGAAGUAGUUACGGCGAAGAAGAACUUUGCAAAGAAAGACACUUCAACAGAACUUCAACACCAACCUGAGACAUUAGAAAGAACAGAGGAAGGUAUGAGUCAGAGAGACAAAGAUGAGAGGGUGAGUAUUGGAAAGCUGAAAAUAGAAGUGCUGGGGGAGUUGAUGGGUAAUGUGGAGAACCCUCAGUGGGAGAGGAGGAACGCACCAGCUGAAUUGAAAGGACAAGAGUUGUCAGCAGAAGUUGAGUGCUCUCCACACGUUGAAUAUAAAAAAAUGUCAGAGGGAACAAAAGGCCCCAUUACAGCAGAAGAUACUGCAGCACUUGAAGUGAUACAGUCGGGAUUGGAGGAGAUGUUCAUAGAAAGAUUUGGAGAAGAUUUGGUCAGGGGGAUUUGGGAAGAAGUGUUCGGUCAGAAAGAACGGGCCUCUAAUAGAGACACAGAUAUUGUUGAUGGAAUGGAGGGCAAGCUGGCAGAUGUACCUGAUAUUACACAAGAUUGCCAUCCUCUUUUUGAGAAAGACUUCAAUGAUGCUUUUGAUUCAGGCAUAUUUUCCUUGACAGAACUACCAACAGAUCAAAAUCUAAGUCUCGGUCAAGGCCUAGAGCAAACCGUAGCCACUAGGAGCAAGGAAUACUCCCCAAAGGAGAGUCAGUCACUCACCACAGCAGAAGAAACUCACUUCCUCUCAGAAUCACAGACAGAUUUAAAUUCAAGUGUUCAUCUCGGCCAAGAUCUCACCCCCAUUUUGGCUGCUCAGUCGUGGACUGAAUCAGCCCAAAGCUCUCCAAAGGAUCAGGAAGACUUCACUCAAAUAAAAGAAAGAUCAGUCACCCUUCAGGAGACUGGUAGACAAAUAGAAGACUGUAUAGUCGCCCACAGGGAGAGUUUUAGUCGAUCAGUCCACCCAUCUCACAAACAUCUGAGUUCGUACUCUGACAAAUUAAAAGAGUCCGAUAGUGUUGUAUGGGGGAGUGUGUUAUACACUCUCAGUCACAUCACCAGACUUCUAAUUGUUGGAUUCUUCUUCAUUGUUUUCCUGUAUGAUUUCCCAGCAUUCUUUGCUCUCUACGUAUUUUCAUUGUGCUGGUGGUUUUACAAGUGGAAGAGACAUCGAGUGGCGACAAACAAGGGGAUGGUGGGAUAGGCCGAGAGUGCUGUGGGUAGCAUUUUUAAACAUCAGUACAUCACUGUUAAAUUAAUUGUAAUGCCUUCAUUAUCUUUAUACUGUUUAUUCAGACUGGUGAGACCAUUGUGAGGAUGAUUUGAGGCUACAAGAACAGGUGCGAUAAAACAAAAUGCUACACAUAUCACUUGUAGUGUGUGUUUGGCCGUGUGUUUUUAUAUUUAGCUGUUUCUAACUUAUUGUUUAGUUUAGUGCAGUGGUUCCCAACUUUUUUCCACCUGUGACCCCUUCAAACAAAGCAGUGUCUACUUGUGACCCCUUGUCACUUGUUGCAAGUCUACCGGUUAUAACCAGUUCAGCCAAAGAGUGUUUUCGUUAGUGAAUUUCGAUACAGUAGAAAUGUGUUUUUUCCACUUUAUUCCUCUCCUGUUAUGUCUUGUGGCCCUUUACAUUUUUCUUGCGACCCCUUGUGGUGGUCCUUAACCCAGAAUUGGGAACCACUGAUUUAGUGAAUAAGAAGAGGUUCUGUUUUUGUUCAUCAAAUCAACAAACAAAUCUAUCUUUUAAAAUAAUCUUGAAAAUAAUUUGAGCAAUUCAACAUUAGAAUUUAAAUAAAGUACUAGAUUUUUUAUGGGAAAGCACCUGUUGUUGAAUGUGUUGAUUGAGUGUAAACAAUUAUGUGUAUGUGUGCAUAUUUGCAGUGUUUACGGGCCCAAUACCACUUUACAAUGCACCAAACGUGAACAAAGUGUGUAUGUGUUUGAUGCUUGUAGACAAAGGAUGUCUGUAACAGUGGGGCAUUGGAGAUUUGAAACAUUUCUCUUUCCUUGCUUUUCUUCAAUAAAAGAGAAACAACUUUUAA